GUUACACAAAACUAAUUACAAUAGCAAAUCCCCUACUGUAGAGUUGAAGCAUAAAUAAUGAUGUUUCAUUCAUCGUCAUCAUCAUUCAGUUUAACACUUUCAUUUGGUUUCAUUUGACAAACUCAGGUGAGUGUAGUCAUAGAUCUGGCACAGCCUUCCAGCAAAAUCAAGUCUGUCUAGAUUGUCAAACGAAGGCAGAGCUUUUCCUUUUGAUUCCAGUGCGGUACAAACAGCUCAGACUGAACCUCUCCGACACCUAAAAAGGAUUAACAUCCUGGUAUGAGUAAGACAACUGUUUGUGGUGGCAGACAUGAACUGGUUGUCCCUACAAGUCCUGCUUGGCGGGGUCAGCCAGUACUCCACCGUGUUUGGUCGUGUCUGGCUAUCUGUGGUGUUUGUCUUUCGAAUCCUGGUGUUUGUGGUGGCUAUUCAGCAGGUGUGGAGUGAUGAGCAGAAAGAUUUCAUCUGCAACACCGCCCAGCCGGGUUGUACUAAUGUCUGCUAUGACAAUUUUUUCCCCAUCUCCCACAUCCGUCUAUGGGCUCUCCAGAUCAUUUUUGUCACUUGCCCGUCUCUCAUGGUUGUGGCUCAUGUAAAGUAUCGUGAAAUGAAGGAUGAGAAGUACAUCAAUGUCCACAAGGGUGAACACCUGUAUGUCAACCCAGGGAAGAAGCGUGGAGGGCUAUGGUACACCUACAUACUCAGCCUGGUGUUCAAAGCUGGCUUUGAUGCAGGCUUCCUCUAUAUUUUGUACUUCAUUUAUCAUUUCGACAUGCCAAGAGUUGUCAAAUGCACAGAGGAACCUUGUCCAAAUAAAGUUGACUGCUACAUCUCCCGUCCUACAGAGAAGAAAAUCUUCACCUUCUUUAUGGUGGUCACUUCUUCACUGUGCAUCUUCAUGUGUAUCUGUGAGAUAUUAUAUCUGAUUACCAAGAAAAUUCGCAAAUACCUGCUCAAACAGCAUGAACACAACACCAUCACACAGCGUAAUUACAAAAGGGUGGAUCCAACGGCCUCAUCCAACCAGAAUCUCAGUAACUUUGAAAAAGCAAAGGCCACACCAGGGGAGAAGGAUUCAGAACCGGCAUAAUUAUCGUCUUAACUGACUGUGGAACAAGCAAGCAUUAUAAACAGUAGUAAGACACACUGUACCUUGCUAAUAAUAUAGAUAAUCCAAUCAUGCCAAUACACCAAAGGAAUAUUGCAUUUAAAAUAUUUUAAGGAAUUUUUAUGGUGACAAUAACAUAGGACUAAUUCUGAAUGUCAUAUUUUCUUAUAUGUAAUCAUUUAAAUGAAAAAUAAGGUAAUUAGGGUGGUAUUCUUGAGUCUCAUCCACUAAAGGAGCACACUGCCCCCUAAUGUACAGAAAACAGACCCACUUCAGAGAACAACAUGGUGGGGAGGAGACCAUAGUAAGCAUCCUGUUCCUGGCCUAAUACAGUAAAUGAAUAAGUGUCCACACUUACUAAAGUCUGAGAUCGUCCACAAAACAUUGAUCAACGGCUACAGGACACUCAGAGACUCUUGAAAGCUGGACUGCCCAAUAACCUUGGGAAGUCUUUACAUUUUGCACAUCAAUACUUUUAUGAUUUGCUUAAAACUAAUUUAAUAUUUCAUGUACAUGCACUGUGUAGUAAUAAUGUUUACAGAAAUCAUGUUUUCAAGUAUCCCAUUGCAAACACAUCCUUUAUUGUGUUUGUCCUUGUUUAUUUUGCACAUACUGUACUUCAAAGUAAAGCACUACCAAAUUCUAUGUAAUACUAAAUAAAGCAUAAAUGAGCACACCAUAUCUGAACAUAAAUAUAUAUUUCUAUUUCUAAAUUAUCACUAUUACAAUUCAUGGGAAU